AUGACGAUUCGGACCGCCUUCUUGACGGCCCUUGUUGGAGUUGCCCAACUCACUCGGCAUGCACUUGGUCAAUCAACAACUUCUUCUCCACCCGUCCCUGUUCCAACUGGGAUACCAAUCGUUGGCGAUUAUAAUGGCACCUAUCGCCCCCAAGUGCACUUCUCUCCUCCUCAACAUUUCAUGAACGACCCCAAUGGUAUGUUCCGAGAUGCCGACGGUGUUUGGCAUUUGUACUACCAGUACAAUCCGACGGGCGUUGUUGCGGGAAACCAGCAUUGGGGACAUGCGACAUCCAGAGACUUGUACCAUUGGUCAAACCAGCCCAUAGCUCUCUUCCCCCCCGAAGAAGGUGUCUAUAUCUACUCUGGAAGUGCUGUUGUUGAUGUGAACAAUACAUCGGGAUUCUUCCCAGAUCAAGACAACGGGGUGGUUGCAAUUUAUACUCUGGCAUCGCCGACGCUGCAGACUCAGGGUAUUGCUUAUUCUCGAGAUGGAGGGUACACCUUUACCCCAUAUGCAAACAAUCCCGUUAUCGGGAGUACAACUGCACAGUUCCGCGAUCCGAAAGUCAUUCGUUACAAGGACUUCUGGGUCAUGGUGGUUGCCUAUCCACAUGACUUUGCCAUCGGCAUCUUCACGUCUCCCAACCUGAAAGAUUGGACAGCAACAAGCAACUUCUCCCAUCAUGGCCUUCUUGGUCUGCAGUAUGAGUGCCCAAACCUCGUGUCUAUGCCUUACAUGAACGCAGAGGGAAAGAGGCAGGACAACAUGUGGCUUAUGGCCAUUAGCAUCAAUCCCGGUGCGCCUCUAGGAGGCUCUAUAACAGAGUACCAUCCUGGCACUUUUAAUGGUACUCACUUUGAGGCUGUGGACGCAGCUGCGAGAAUUGCAGACUUUGGAAAAGAUAACUAUGCUGGACAAUGGUUCUACGGUCUCCCUGAAGAGGAAUUCCCGGUGUCAAUCGGAUGGGCAUCUAACUGGCAAUAUGCGCAAACCGUUCCGACUGAUAGCGAGGGUUGGCGAAGUGUUAUGAGUCUUCCGCGUCAGAACUAUCUAACGAAGGCGAAGCGUGUGGGAUGGAAGUUGGUCUCGGCGCCCUACAACUUGGAACCUGUGCUGGGUCGCGAGCUCGCCUCUAAUCACAGCAUGGGUAACGGGACGCUAAUUGUGGACUACUCCGACGUGGAAUCCAACGCGAUAUACUGGGAGGUGAACGUGACAGGCAUUCCAGAGAAGAAUAUUGUGACGACUGCUUCUUUGAACUUUACGUUCUCGAGCAAUGCCACCAGCGAGUACAUCAACGGCGGAUACUUCUUCGGUGGGGAUCCUGUGUUUUUCGUCAAUCGCAAUGGUGCCCGGGGCUUCGAUAAUAUCUUCUUCACGGAAAGAACAUCGAUCAGUAGCUUGACGACAGAACAAAACUCAUGGAGCCUCAGUGGCGUGAUCGACAGGUCGAUUUUGGAAGUCUUCAUCAACGGUGGCGUCGAUAGCGCGACUAACACGUUCUUUACGACUCAGCCAUUAUCGUGCUUCACAUUAAGUACAACCGACCUACCUCAGGGCAUGAUCGUAAGCAUUAAAGUCAAUACACUAGAAAGCGCAUGGAAGUAA